AUGCAAACCGAGACAGCGGUAAAAACUGACCGGCCGCACAGUAAAGAGCGCAGCGAUCCAAAUGAACGCCGAUCCAGAGUUUUGGGGCCACUCUCGAAAGAACGCGCAGCUGCCGGCUAUUGGUCUCUUGGAGGCAGACCGCCCAUCCCUCCUCGAAUGGCCUUGGAAGAGAGAGGAGUCACAGCUGCCGCCGCGCGAAGCGUGUCAAUAUACUUAACGGAUCAAUAGAUUAACCAAUAGAUUAACGGGUUAAAAUAAGGUCAAUAAGUCAUGAAAGGAAAGUUGCGUAACUAAUUACGGUAAAUAAAAAAACAACUCGGAAGCCUUCAUAAAAUGGAAUUAAUGGUUUUAUUAAUUCUAUUAGUCGGAAAAUGAAUCUUGAAUGGAAGCCAAAAAGGAGGCACUAAAACAAGGGAAGUCAGGUAGAAUUUGCUCGUUAGAAACGGUGAAAAUGAAAAGUCAGUCAAUCCAAAACAGGAAAAAAAAUUUUUCCCUUUUUGGUGAUUCGUUCAAAACGAAAUGUCACUAUCCGAUAAAACCCAUUUUCUUAUCUUUCUUCUUCCUUUUCGAGAAAAAGCAAUUAUUUCGGGCGAGAAAAGGUGCCGAUAAUUUUGCGACAUUUCGUGCAAAAUUAAGACGAAAUGUCAAAAAUCAAUAGCGAAGUGUCUGCUCCGGUCAUUAUCUCAUUUUAGUAGGACGUACAGCUUACUGCUUUUCUUUUGUGAAUUGUUGGAUCAAUUACAUGAAAAAAUGUGUAGUAAAAGACAUUGGACUUGGUUUUCCUUAUUAGACGUAAAAAUCGCAACUCAAAAGCAGAUGUACGCACGGGCGAUGUCAAGAAAAGAAAAGAAACAUACAAUUCGAAAAGCAUGCUACUCAAUUUGAGUAGAGAAGGAAUAUAAAUUACUGUUGCAACGUUGCAAAAUUGCGCAGUAAGUAUAAAAUCAUCGAGACCUGAAAGAAUUUAAAAUUUUUCUCCUCUAUAAAACCUUGAAAAUUUUUACGGUAUUUAAUGGAUCUUGAACGCCCUAAAAAGCAAAAACUGUAAUUUUUAGGAAUUGAAAAUUUGUCAAAUCUUUAUCUAUUUUUAGCUAUUAUUCUUUGCAACCAUUCUUCAUCAUCCAAGAUCCUGCCCCAUUCAGUUGGCAGCUUCAAAUUUCCAUCGUCCCUUUGUUUUCGGCGGCCGCUGUUCGUUUCCCAGAAUCAAAACAAGAAAUCUGGCCGUCAUUUUUGUAAGAAUUGGACGUAAACCGCGGCCAGAUGCUUCUUUCUCCUGUUUUUCUCACAGAAAAGUUGAUUUCUUCGAUUUUCAGAUGACCGACGCUCCCGGUGAGGCGUUGAUUUCUGAGGCCGAUCCUCCGCCGUACGAGAGUACUACGAAACAUGAAGAUGCGCCCGUCAUUGUCAGUGUAGAUGAGAAUGAUAGAAAUAAAGGGAAAGAAGAUGAAUCCGACUAUUUGGAUCCGCCAUACAAGACGAAUGUUCUUCAUGUUCCCUUGAUGGUGAGCUAAGAACAUUUUCAGAGGAGAUUAAUCAAACAUUUUGAACUUUCAAACUUUGCAAGCCUGCCCGAAAUAUGCUUAUUAUCAGCAUCUAUAAUUUUAUUCUCAUGUGGGGCCAAAAUUUGCAUCAUUCUUUCGAGAGACUGCAUAAAUCGGGAGAUCCGGCCAGACCAAAAGUGUUUUUUGCUUUGAAUUUUUUAAUUGUCCUCGAAAAAAGGCUAAAUUAUGACGGGAAAGAUUGCUCCCUUUUCACAAACCCUGAAAUUCAAAUGCUGAAAAGUUCAGAAAGGGUACUUAUUUAAUGUUUUAAUAUUCGGCCAUUUCGAAUCAACAGUCCAAAAAAUGUCAUCAUGAUUUUGAUCAAGAUAUAAGUCAUGACCCUAGCAGCUCCCUCGUCAUAAAAAAAGUCUCCUUAGGUGUGGAUUCGAAUCCUCGCAGUGAGCAACUUCUUCAUCUACCUGACCUUCUUCCUCCCAUGGAUGACUAACCAUUUCAAACAUCGUAAUCUCUACGAGGAUCACAAACUCUCUCCAUAUUCGUCCAUGACCACCCCAAAAUAUCAUCUGAUUGGCAUCUACCCAUUUGUUUUCGUCAUUUACUCGGCGAUUGUGUUCGGAUGGAGCCAUACUUUUAUCAAAUUCAAGCAGAUCCCACCAUGGAGAUCCAUCUUCAAUGACGCCGAAAAUAUCCCGUUUUACAUUGUAAGUUGAUUACAGUACAACUAAAGUCUGGAUUUUCUCAAAAUGGCCUGGAUAACAUACUUAAAAAACUUUCAGUUCACCUCCCUCUCAAUGGUGAUUAUUUGGUCAAUCAUAUUUUUGGAUUGCUAUUUUUCGAUCUUUCUGAUGUCCAUUUAUGCCGUUAUUUGUUAUGUUCUUUACUCCAUGGCUGCUUGUUACUUGGCCACUGGAUAUUGCUGGUUUUCCAGAAGCAGAGGUCCGAAAAAGCCGGCAAAUUCAGAGUUCUUCUACUGGCACAGACUUUUCGUCCCAAAACAAGGAAAAACAGUGGCGGAAAAGUUUAAAUUGGUGAGUAAUAGGACAUUUCGAUGAGUUUUAAGACAAUUGCGGCAUCAAAAUUAAAGAUAAGAUAACUGUAAUUUAAUCAUCAUCAACGUAUUUCUCAGAUCCUGGCCGUGAAUCUCCUUGUGCCCUCAGGGAUCUUCCUAAUCGGUCAAAUUGUCUACUGGACCAAUCUUGAUGAGCCCGGCCUCGUCUUUGUUUGGCUUUAUAUCGCUGUUCUCCGCCUUGGCGAACUCAAAUUUUUCAUUGGCGGAAAGAAGAAAGGCUACAGUUAUGUCAUGGUAAGCCGACUAUAUAGAUCCCAGUUUUAUUAUGAUUUGUCACCAUUUCUUGUUAUUUUAGCUAGCCAUCUGUCUUGUCAGUUUCGCUGUCUCCAUUUUCUUUUACCUGGCCGCGAAUUAUAAUGGAAAAUACGGUGGUGGAGUGUUCCUGGUGACGAGUAUUGUCAGCUGCCCUUUGGCGAUUUUGGACAUCUGGUUCUUCGUCAAGUACAAGGACAGCAACAGCCAAGGAGAUUCGAACAUUGCGGAGUUGUUGUUCAAGUAA